UCCAGUCUGGCAGCAUCGCUAUGAGGAGUAACUCUGUAAAGUGGGGAGCAGCUCUAAUUAGUAAAAAUAAAAAACAAAUGCGGCGCCUGUUACAAAAUACCAAUGGACAAAUAUUAUUUGUCUCUCAAAUUGUGACCAGACAUUUGAGCAGCAGUAGUGCAUCUGGCGACGCAAUCCGCCGGACACAAAAAGAUCCACGAAAACAACAGCAGCAAACCACUAAUAUUAUUAGCAGAGAAGAUAAAUUUGGUGCCAAAUAUUGCAUGGGCCUGGUGGAAAAAUAUGAUUAUGAGAAUUAUUUGAGCACCUUGCUGCUGCCAACUGAGUUGCGUGUCUCAGCCUUUGCUCUGCGCGCAUUCAAUGUCGAGGUCUCCCGCUCCGUGGGCACUCAGCUCACCGAACCACAAAUAGCCAAAAUGCGCUUGAAGUUUUGGUAUGACUCCAUAGACAAGUGUUUCGAGUCAGAUACCAGCAAAUCCUAUGUUAAGGAUCAGCCUGUGCUGCGUGAGCUAAAACGUACUGUGGGCAGCUCUAAGCUUAAUAAGCUCUAUCUACGGCGGUUGGUUACCGCUCGCGAACGAGCACCCAAUCAAGCGUUUGAGACACUGCGCGACCUAGAGGACUAUGCGGACCAGACCUGUUCCUCACUAUUGCAUCUGCUGGUGCAACUGAGUGGUGUGCAGGACGUGCAAGUGGAUCACGCCGCUUCGCAUUUGGGCAAGGCCCAAGGCAUCGCCAUGAUGUUGCGUGCCAUACCCCACGCUGGACGCCAGCAAGCAGUCUGUGUGCCGCUGGAAGUGCUCGUACGACAUGGCGUCAGUCAGGAACGCAUCUUGCGCAGCGAGCGAGAGGACAAGGGUGCCGAGGAAUGCAUCUUCGAGGUGGCCAGUUUGGCCAACACCCAUUUGAAGCUAACGCGCCAGCUACUCCCUCAAAUGCCCCGAAUUGUUCGCAAAAUUUUCCUGCCCGCCGUUGCAACUGAUGGCUAUUUGGAACGCUUGCGUCGUGCCCACUUUCUGUUAACGCAUCCUAGCUGCAUAAAGCGAGACUCUAUGUUGCCGGCGCGACUCUUCUGGAAGACGCUAUUUAACGCAUACUAAUCAAUUAGUUAGUGAAAUGUUGAAAUUUGUUAAUUAUUAAAAGCAAUUACGUAAAUUUGAAUUGUUUGAAAAUAUUACCAAACGAUCGAUAACAAAUUCGAUAUCCAAAAUUGGCCCUCAAUAUCUAUCGAUAUAUUGAUAUACAUUCGUAUGUAUAGUUGCUGGCUGUUUCUUGAAAGUAGCGCGUUGUGAUUUUUUUAGUUUUUAGUUCAAGAGCGGAGUACCAAAAUAAAACAUGAAAUGUGUCAAUUUUAAAAUUAAUGUUCUCCAUAAUAUUAAUGUACUCAUUGUGUGUUAUUAGCUAAUUUUGCCAACGGAGCCGUGCGCUAGGCGCAUUUCGAAUUUUAAGCACCGUUUAGUUUAAGUGAACCAAGCAAAUUAAAUAUAUAUAUAUAUCUAGUUUGUAUCAAUAUUAACAUUUUAUGUUCAUGCAAAAUACAUUACACAAAAAUUGCCGCUCUCUAUGUUGCGGUGCUUCACAAAAUUAACGGAAUUUUAUUGUACCCUCUCACUCUGUCACAUUGCAAGCUCAGCUCUAAGCUGAUGAUGGGUUACAAGCAGAGCAACAAAGGAUAGACAAAUGCAAAAAAAAUAAAUACGGUUACUUUAAUACAGUGGUGGCCAGUUCCAAUAAGAACAGAGUAACUGAUAAAGAGAAAAAGCUAAUUAGCGUAAAAUAAACUGAAUAAAAAAUAAACGGCGUAAA